GUCCCGCGCCCGCGGGCCCAGCCGAGCAGGGGAGCUCCCGGGGAUGCCCCGGUGGCCCGGAGUGCGGGGAGCGGCAGCCGCGCGGUGAGGGUAGCGGGACCCGAGACUGCGAGGAGCUGCUGCCGCCGUUGCCGACCCCCAUGGCCUACAUGCCGGGUGGAGGUGCCCCAGCACCGGGGGUGGCCCCCGUGGGCUCCCAGUACUGCGUGUGCAAGGUGGAGUUGUCAGUGAGCGGCCAGAACCUGCUGGACCGGGACGUCACCUCUAAGUCUGACCCCUUCUGUGUCCUCUUCACAGAGAAUAAUGGCAGGUGGAGCGAGUAUGACAGGACAGAAACUGCAGUCAACAACCUCAACCCCGCUUUCUCCAAGAAGUUCGUCCUUGAGUACCAUUUUGAGGAGGUGCAGAAGCUCAAGUUUGCCCUGUUUGACCAGGACAAGUCCAGCACGCAGCUUGAGGAGCAUGAUUUCCUGGGCCAGUUCUCCUGCAGCCUGGGCACGAUCGUCUCCAGCAAGAAGAUCACUCAGCCUCUGCUGCUGAUGAAUGACAAGCCUGCGGGGAAGGGCUUGAUUACGAUUGCUGCCCAGGAGCUUUCAGACAAUCGGGUCAUCACGCUGAGCCUGGUGGGCAGGAAGCUGGACAAGAAGGACCUCUUUGGGAAGUCAGACCCAUUUCUCGAGUUUUAUAAACCAGGAGGUGAUGGCAAGUGGAUGCUGGUCCACAGGACUGAGGUGAUCAAGUACACUCUGGACCCCGUGUGGAAGCCAUUCACUGUGCCAUUGGUGUCCCUGUGUGAUGGGGACGUGGAGAAGCCCAUUCAGGUUAUGUGCUAUGACUAUGACAACGACGGGGGCCAUGACUUCAUCGGUGAGUUCCAGACCUCGGUGUCACAGAUGUGUGAGGCUCGUGACGGCAUCCCGCGGGAGUUUGAGUGUAUCAACCCCAAGAAGCAGAAGAAGAAGAAGAACUAUAAAAACUCGGGCAUCAUUAUCCUGCGUUCCUGCAAGAUAAACCGGGACUACUCCUUCCUGGACUACAUCCUGGGAGGCUGCCAGCUCAUGUUCACUGUUGGGAUAGACUUCACAGCCUCCAAUGGAAAUCCCCUCGACCCUUCCUCUUUGCACUAUAUCAACCCCAUGGGCACCAAUGAAUAUUUGUCAGCCAUCUGGGCUGUUGGGCAGAUCAUUCAGGACUAUGACAGUGAUAAGAUGUUUCCAGCUCUUGGCUUUGGGGCGCAGUUACCCCCAGACUGGAAGGUCUCCCAUGAGUUUGCCAUCAACUUUAACCCCACCAACCCCUUCUGCUCAGGCGUGGACGGCAUCGCCCAGGCAUAUUCGGCUUGCCUGCCCCACAUCCGCUUCUACGGUCCCACCAAUUUCUCUCCUAUCGUCAACCACGUGGCCCGGUUUGCGGCCCAAGCCACGCAGCAGCAGACAGCCAUGCAAUACUUCAUCCUCCUUAUCAUCACGGACGGUGUCAUCAGCGACAUGGAGGAGACGCGGCACGCCGUGGUGCAGGCCUCCAAGCUGCCCAUGUCCAUCAUCAUCGUGGGCGUGGGUAACGCCGACUUCGCUGCCAUGGAGUUCCUGGACGGGGACAACCGCACGCUGCGCUCCCACACAGGGGAGGAGGCAGCUCGCGAUAUCGUGCAGUUCGUGCCCUUUCGAGAAUUCCGCAACGCGGCAAAAGAGACCUUGGCGAAAGCUGUGCUGGCAGAGCUGCCCCAACAAGUUGUUCAGUAUUUCAAGCAUAAAAAUCUGCCCCCCACCAACUCGGAGCCUGCCUGAGUGCCAGCCCCCACCCAGCAGCAGCAUGCCGGCUGGGCCUCCCACCCUCCCCAGGAACAUGCACGCUCACCCUGCUUCCUUGUGGGUGGCCUUUUUUUUUUUUUCUUUUAAACUGAUCCACAUUUUUAUUUUCUACAACUGGACCUCCACACCCCCAACUUCCUGCAGCCCAGCUGGGCUUCCUUUAUUGGAGUCGAUUGAUGAUACUUCCAGGCCAAACCGGCUUCCUCUCCUCCUCUCCCCACCCUUGCCACUCUUAAGUAUUGAAUGUACUUUGUAUAAUUUUAGUGGAAUUGUUAUUAAAGAGAAUAAAAUUUUUACAAUCAUAACUGGCUUUUUCCAAGUAACUAGCUGCAGACUCAAAGGAAUGUGUCCCCCUGGUGCAUGCUGUGUGGUAGCCUGCACCUAAUUCCUACUCUGUUUUUUAAUACCGUGAUCGUGUUCUACUUGUUAUACUCAGGGUAAUAAAGGAGUUUCAGAUGUC